UUUUAUUUUUAUUUCUUUACAACUAGAAAAAAAAAAAAAAGGGGGUAUCCAAUGUCGAACCAACCUAUUAGAAUCGGAAUUAUCGGUACAGGUAUUUUUGCUCAUCGUCAUCACCGAGCAUACCAAUCUGUUGGUAAUGACAAGUUUCAAAUUGUGGCGUGUGCCAAUCGAUCCAAGGAAAAAGCUUUAGCAUUUGCAAAGGAGAUUGGUAUUGAUGAAUCUGCUGUCUAUACAAACUUUACUGAGCUUAUUAACGAUCCUAACGUUGAUGCAGUGGACGUUAUUCUUCCCGUUCAGUUUAACAAAGAGGUAAUUGAAGCUGCUAUCGCCGCUAAUAAGCAUGUCAUGUUUGAGAAACCUAUUGCCGCUUCUCUGAAAGAUGCUCGUGAGAUUGUUUUGUUAUCUCAAAAGACAAAGACGACUGUAGUUGCUGUUAAUGAAAACUGGUCUUAUCAUCCUUUAGUCAAUGCUGUGGCUGAGUAUGUGAGAGAUGGUGGAAUUGGAGAGAUUGUCAACUUUACAUAUGACUCAGCACGUCCUUAUAAUCCAAAUUCUCCUUAUCAUUCAACCAAAUGGCGCCAAAAUCCUUUACAUCCAGGAGGAUAUCUUAGCGAUGGCUGUGUUCAUGAUAUGGCCCAUUUGGUUCCUAUCCUUGGAAAAUUCACAUCCGUUGCUGCUUUUGCAACUAAAAGACACAAAGUACAUGUUCUUGAAGAUACUUUAGCUACUACCAUCAAAUUAGAAAAUGGAGGUGUUGGUGUCGCUAACUUUACUUUUUGCUCAGCAGGUGUUAAAAAGAUGACUUUAUUUGUCCAUGGUACUGAAGGCUCCAUUGAACUCAUCGAUGAAACUACGGUCAAUUUAUUUGACAAAUCGGGCAAACCUGUUGAUAUCUCACCUAUUACAUCACUUCAAUCUAAUUCACCUGGUAAUGGUUUAUCUGAUGUAGAAGGUGAAUUGGCUGCCUUUUAUAAUGCUGUUCGACAUGGUAAAAAAUUAGGUGUUUCUACAGAAGAGGCCUUCCAUCAUCUUGCAUUUAUUGUUGCUGCUUUAGAAUAUUUAUAUUAGUUCAUCUUGAAGAAAAAAAAAACUGUCCUCUUCUUCUUAUAAACGAUUUAACUGCCAUAAUUCUUCUUCAUCGUCUUGAAUAUGUUGUGGUAAAUGACUCCAUUGUCUAUUAUCCAUACCAUCUCGGGCAAAAUGGAGCAAACCUGUGUUAUGUAAGAGGCUUUUACCAACACAAGUUCCACAACAAAAACACCAGCAUAGGCCUGUAAGAAAUACUGAGGCCAUUAUUAUUAAAAUAAACCACAUUUGAGCCACUGUAAUUUCCAUAUUGCUUAAUAUAUAUGAGAUGAAAAAAAAAGGGGGGGAGAGG